GCCGCUGCGGGUGCGGAGCUGAGGUGACGCAGCCCCCCCCUCCCCCACCUCCCGCCGGAUCGAACCGGAUCGGACCGGCCGAGGGCAGACUGACUGACCGACUGUUUGAUUGACGGGCCGAAGGAAGGCGCCGCGCGGACAUGGGGAAAUCCCUUUCACACCUGCCCCUGCACUCGAGCAAGGAAGAGAAGGCCAAUGGGUCCGGCUCGGGAGAUAACAUGCGGAGCGGCCUCAUCCACUCGGAAGUCACCAACGAGGACGGGCGGCCCAGCGAUGUGUCCCAGUUUCCCUACGUGGAAUUCACGGGAAGAGACAGUGUCACCUGUCCCACCUGUCAAGGCACGGGACGGAUCCCUCGGGGUCAGGAAAACCAGCUGGUAGCCCUGAUUCCGUAUAGUGACCAGAGACUGAGGCCCAGACGAACGAAGCUGUACGUGAUGGCCUCUGUGUCGGUGUGCCUCCUCCUCUCGGGUCUGGCCGUCUUCUUCCUGUUCCCUCGCUCCAUCGACGUGAAGUACGUCGGGGUGAAGUCGGCCUACGUCAGCUAUGACCAGAGUAAACGGAUGAUCUAUCUAAAUAUCACGAACACAUUAAAUAUUACAAACAACAAUUACUAUGCCGUGGAAGUCGCCAACAUCACAGCCCAAGUCCUGUUUUCGAAAACGGUUAUUGGGAAAGCACGUUUGAACAACAUGACGGCUAUCAGCCCACUAGAUAUGAAACAGAUUGAUUACACGGUGCCUACGGUUAUAGCUGAUGAAAUGAGUUACAUGUAUGAUUUCUGUACACUACCAACUAUCAAAGUCCAUAACAUAGUGGUCAUGAUGCAGGUGACUGUGACAACCACCUAUUUCGGGCACUCGGAACAAAUAUCCCAAGAGCGCUACCAGUACGUCGACUGUGGCAGAAACACUACCUACCAAUCGGGCCGCUCCGAGUACCUAAACGUGCUUCAGCCGCCGCAGUGAAGACCCUCCCCGCCCCGGGGCCGGGAAACCCGCUCCCAGCCCCCCCGCUCGCACGGACAACUGUAGGACGGGUCACAGACCAAGCUCGCUGACCCACGGGUCUCCGCGCCGACCGUCCGUCCCCAGGGCGGCACUCACCACGUGUUGAACCGCGACUGUUCAAAACUGUCCCUGCCUCUCCCCGCCAUUGUCAGGCACGCGUCACCCAGCAGUCACCGCCGCUCCCAGACCCUCUCGGGAAAGGGGGGAGUGUUUCGUUUCGUGUUUUUUUUCCCCCUAGGGAACGCUAGGUCUUGGUCGCGGGCUCACAGCUCUGUUAAUUCUGGCUGCGUGCAGAAUUCCGGAGAGUUUCCUGAAUGGUCCCUGGGCCAGCCAGUAGUUAGGAACACAGGAGAGCUUCGGCCUUCACGUGGCCAUUGCUAAAUCACCUCCUGCCACACAUAAAGCCCGUUAUCAGGGUUCUCCUUUUCCCCCGCGCAGUAGUGUUCCGUGAUCUCUAAGGAGAAGGUACGCCUCGGUGUCUCCGUGAUAGUUCGCUUUCCCUGGAUCAGGAUCGUGCCCCUGGGCUGCUCUAACAUCCCGUAGAGAGCCCCUUCCUCCUGGGCGAGACCUUCCCCUUGUAGGCAUCUUCGUCAGAAUCUGCAGGUGUCUCGAGUGUGGCGAUAAACCGCCUCUCCCUUCUCUUACCGCUGUGACUCUGAGGGUGUGGGUCUCCGCGACCCUCCGUCGUUGUAAGUAGUUAUCCCUGGCAUGGCUUUUCUGCGACUCCUGUCACUUAGAUGUGAAAUCAGCGUAUAGUAAAUCGAAAACCGAAGGUACUCAGACGAUCGCUUGGGUACGAGGCAGGGGGUCUGCACCCGGUUUGGACCCUGCCGAUACCGUGUGCAUCUUUGUAACCUGAUGUGGCAUAAUGCAGAAGGACGUAGUCAGCCAAAGAUAAUCAAACCACUUUGCUCCACUCCUGCAUUGUUUUUCCCAGACUACGAUCCCAGAGAUUGGUUUUCCUUCCCUAAUAAUCAAGUGCCUAAAUAGAGGCUGCGUUGAGCACGCUUUGUAAUGGAAGGAAAUAUCCCGCUGGUUAGAUGGUUUAAGUAAUGCAUUAAAUGCCAGAUCACUGAAUUCAGUAUUCUUGCACUUUAAGUUGAAUUAUGCUGAAAAUUUUUUUCCCCCUCAACCGGUCCAUCCACAGCCACCCGUUUUUAUUGUAUUUUUUUUAGAUGCUUGAAUCUGAACGGGCUUGGUUUUUCAUCACAGUUUCCUCACUCUAGCUUUAUCUUGGCAGUUAGUGAGGGUUAAGUAGUUCCUGACUGACUCACCUGGAGAAUUAACUUGUUUCACUCUGGGAAUUUCAGCCCAGCUAACAGCAGUUGGUCAUCAGGUUUCUUUGUGCUCCGUGGCACUUUUGGGGUUCGGAAGAGGCUAGCCCUUCCCUCCCCCUGUCAGGAUGUCACGGUAGACUGAAAACUUCAGGAAAUCAAUCUUAAUUUGUAUUCUGCUUCAGAGUCGAACAGAGGAUUGGGAGAAUGAAUCAGGACCCAAAGGAACUAACCUCCCAAGUGGAAGUCAUAAUUGGGGCAACGGUUGAUUUCCAGGCUCUAAAUUUGAUCCCUGUCAGGUUUCCUUUGUGUUGUGUUUUUGUAUUCCAUCUUUAAACGGACACUACUUCCCAAGUCCAGCUCGUUACGAGUGGCAGGACGAAUCUUCUAAAGAAUAGUUUCUAAGGUGGGGAAAGAUAUUUUUCCAAAGGCAAUUACUAGAGAGAGAGAGUGGAUAACAAACUACUUGCCAGUAAAUACAGGACUCAGACCAACUUCCUGGGUUGCUUAAUUAAUGAUCUUUAUAAAUGUGUUUUUCCAAAAUAUAAAAAUGGGAUGUUGAAUUUGGAUAUUAAGAUUUCAAGUGACAAACUAUAAAUAGCAUUGAUGUUACUACUACAGCACUGAACUAUCCAUUGCACAAUUUUAGGUAUUCUGCUGCUCAAAUGGAGACAAAAUAGCUCUGAUAACUUAGGACGAAUGAGUUUUUAAGAUUGGUUUUGAAUCCUCUUGUAAAAACAAGUUUUAACAACAGUAGUUGUAAAUACAUUGUUGUGCAAUUAAUGUCACACUCUUGCGUUAGUAGAGGCUUGAGUGGUUUAAUAAUAGUGAUUUUUCCCCCCUUCACCCCCGUAAAGGAUAAAAUCAGGUGAACACUAAAGUAUCUGGAGCAUCUUCUAAAAUAACUUAAUAAUGAAAUUAGACUAAGCAUUACAGAACAGAAUUUGGUGUUCUGGGUGAGGUGGCGGGAGAAUCCUAACAUUUUUCACUGGUCAUUUAUCUGUGGGUAUUACUGCAGAAAAGUAUGUAAAUUAUGAUAUGUCCAUUCAUGGAGUCUUUUUGUGUAAAUAAGCUAAAAUAUACAUAUCUGUACUAAAGUGAGGAAAGGUACAUAAUAUAUUAAUCCUGUUUCUUUGGUAUUGGAUUACGUAACCAUUGUUAUGACAGUAGCGCUUUUCAGAUAUUUAUGACUGCCUUUAUAGAACAGUUUUUUCAAGUGAAUCAUGUAAUAUUUAACUUCAUGUUCAUGCCAGCUAAAAUCAUCUAUUUCUAGGUCUUGAAAGUUUAGAAUUUUAAUUCAAACUGUAGAAUUUUAAUUCAAGGGAAAACUUUCAGUUGCAGCUGGGGACAAAACUCGGGUCGAAAGAGACCUGUUGACAGGUGCAUUAACUGUUUAGCGUCGGUAUCAGCACGGUAGCCUUGACGUGGCAGAAGAUGUGAAAGGUACUUCCCGGUGUUAGAAUGAUUUUUUUAUGGAGAAGACGCUCAUUGGGAUACUGUUGGAGCAUAGCGGAGCUCUGACCGCUUAAUAGGGGGAUCAGUCUCUUGUUUGGUGUGAGUUGGAAAGCAGAAGAGUGAGUGGGUUGCCUGGAGAUCCGGGGCCCCACAUCUCAGCGUGACCACACUGGUGGUUCAAAACCUUCUCUCCCCUACUGAACAGUGUUUUUUCCCUCUCUCCCUCCCUCUUUCCCUCCCUCCGCCAUGAUUAUCUCCUGUAUUCCAAAUCCUCUCAUUUUCUCUCCACAUCCCCAGACUCUUUAACAUCGAGCUGGCAGGAUUUGACAGGAGGUGUCAGUGCUAGAACUCCAGGUGCUUUGGAGUAAAAGGGGCUCAAUCUGUGGAGAAUAAGAUCAUUAUGAAAUAUACCCCUUCCUUGGGAUUAUGCUUCUUGGACUUCCCUGAUACAUGGACACAUUCCCCUCUGGUGGCUUCUUCCCCCAGAUAGGCAGCCAGGCUCAGUUGGCUGGUGUUUUCCCUCUCUUGGUAAGUUUUUUCACUUCACAGCGUCAUGCAAGAAAUAAAUGUAAACUUUAAAACGAAUGUCGCUAACUUUUAGGAAAACUGACCUACCCUAAGUAACCUUGAAAGCGAAGCCUCGGGGUGGGAAAUGCAGGUAUUGCAAUCAUUCCCUUUAUCAAACUCCCCUCCUCCCCUCGAUUUUUAUAUUUGUGGAAACCCUCGAGUACAUUUAUAUCUUGCUAGGAUGCUGUAAAUGAAGAGGUAGGCUUUCCAGGAUGUUUUUAAUGUGGUUUUGCAAACUUAUCUCUUCGGGUAUCUCGUUCUCUAGCAGAGCCCUGUCGUUUGGGGAACAAAAAACAUAACUGAUUUUUUUCCAUAGGGACUUAAAUUCUUUUUUGAAUGUAGACUACUCGUGAAACCCAAAAUCUUCACGACAAUUGCAGCUUUGGAAAAUGCUCAAUAUAAGCUUAUGCGAUCUGCUCUGGUAAGUCAUGUGAACACUGAAGUUUGGGUAUUUGUGGGCAAUUAGGGUACACUCAGCAUAUACAAAGUGAUGUAUGUUAAGCCUUUGUGUUUUUAGAGGCAAUAGCUGCUCUGUUCCUAUGGACUUGGAAAUGUUCCUUGUUCUAAAAAAAAGUUUAAAGUGGACAAUAUAUUAUUUUUGUCUCCUUUUGCUUCCAGUUUUACUAGGUGACUCAAACUCAUCUGCUUACCUUGAAUACUUGAGACUGUAAAGUCUGGUUUAAAGAAGACUACUACUGCCUAGCUGUACUUUGUAAACCAAUGUAAGUUGUGUGAUCCAAUUAAAACUAGACUAUGUUUGACAUGCGUACUGGGUAUAUAAACUAAAAUCAUUUGACAUAAACCCAUAGAAACAUCCUCAAGUUUAAGCUUUCCUAUAUUCCAUUAGCUAAAAUUGUCCUGUUUGAGUGCUUUGGGGCCUAGAAGCCUCAUCUUCUUUUGUACAGGAGAAAGUGUCUAAAGUGCAUUUCAGCCAGUUUUCUCACCUGAGUGGUGCCGAGCAGAAUUGGUCGAGACGUGUAGGUAAACGAACGAGGAGGUGUGGAAAAUUUUGACUUUGGAAAGGUGCUUUUCUUCCCAACUGAUUGGAAGUUUCCCAGUACCCCACACACAACUCUGACUUUGUAAUUUGGUGCUAUGGGGUCACAAACUGGUCUGGACCAAACUGUACCGGACCUUGGGCACUAAAACUUCAAAGACCCAUUAUUCAUCACCACAAACUCGGUAUUUUCCAAAUUAAAUGCUUUCAGAAGCCUUCCGGCAGAUGACCUGAAUUGAAAUGCCUUUUCAAGGCAGAAGCACAGAACCUUUUUUCAAUUGGUUUUAUUUUUUUUUUUGAUAUAUAAAAAGUGGGGUGAGAGUAUUGAGCCAGUCGCUCUAUGUUAAUUCUCGCUCUCUGCCGCGAAGAUAAUAAAUGGUAUUUGAGUGUGUCCUGUGUGCAGAGCAUUGUACUGAGCACUCGAUAAUCUGGAGUUAGUCUCGUGCCCCCAGAAUUGUAAGAAUUAGAAAUUGGGAUACAUUAUUGCACUGCUCUGGCUUCCUAAAAAGGUGGCAUUACCACAAUGAGGUCUUUCGCUUAAGCCACGGAGCAGGAUUCGUUCCCAAAGAUGAAAUAUUUUACCAUUCUGGAAUUGCAUUUUAGAGUGGGACCCCUUCUGAAAUACAAGGUUUUGAGAAGCACAAGGGCUGUGUGUGGUUAUCGGGAUCAUGUUGACUCUUGGUCCCAGAGCAGACGUCCCAGGAAGAUGAUAGAAAUAAAACUGGACCCGUGACCUAGCAAGCUUGACCUUGUGAAUUGUUUACUUCGGGUAGUCCGGCUAAUGAGGGAUUAUUGUAGCUGCCAUGAGGAUUAAAACAGGAAUUUAAAACUUGGGUUUGGGGGGUUUGGGGCACUAGUGUUCCCUUUUCGGGGGGGUAGUUUUAUUCACAGUCAUUUAAGCUAUAUGUUGAGAGAGAGACACACACACCCCCACCCCCCCCCCACCCCCUGGACUUUUAGCAUUAAUGGGUAAUCCUUGUGCCCCUAGCCAUUAUUUAUAUCAAAUAUGCACAUGGUCGUUAACAGUUGUAUAGAGAUGCUAAAAAGUGAUAACUAUUUUUGUAAUCCAAGAGUGGUACCUGUUGCUCUUGUAAUGGUGAACGUCAAAAUCUAAUCCGUUUGUACAAAACAUUUCUUAAGCAUGAAUAAUAAAGUUUCCAUAUGUCGACGUUUAGAACUCGA